AUGUUAAAUAUCUUACUUUUGUUAUUUUUUAUAUUUAUACUUACUAUUAAUGGACUAGAGAAUGGUUUAGCAAGACUUCCACCUAUGGGAUGGAUGUCAUGGACAAAAUUUUAUUGUGAAACUGAUUGUGAAAGGCAUCCAUUUAGUUGUAUUAAUGAGAAUCUUUAUAUGGAUAUGGCUGAUGCUAUGAUUGAACAUGGAUAUAAAGAUGUUGGUUAUGAAUAUAUUCAUGUUGAUGAUUGUUGGACUGAAAAAAAUAGAGAUAGUAGUGGAAAGUUGGUUGCUGAUAAGAUAAGGUUUCCUUCAGGUAUUCCUGCUUUAGCUAAAUAUGUACAUGAAAAAAAUCUUAAAUUUGCUAUAUAUGGUGAUAUUGGAACAUUAACAUGUGGAGGAUAUCCAGGAACAUUAAAACAUGAAUUAAUUGAUAUAGAAACAUUUAAAGAAUGGAAAGUUGAUUAUUUAAAGUUAGAUGGUUGUAAUAUUGAUGAAGAUGAAAUGGCAAUACGUUAUCCAUUAGUUAGUAAAUAUUUAAAUGGGACAAAUAUUGUUUAUAGUUGCAGCUGGCCGGCAUACCUUAUACAAAAACCAGAGAAGGUUAAUUAUACAGUUAUUGCAAAUUAUUGUAAUUUAUGGAGAAACUUUGAUGACAUAAAUAGAAGUUGGAAAAGUAUACUUAGUAUUAUUGACUAUUAUGUUGCAAAUCAAGACAAAUUGAUACCUGUAAAUGGGCCAGGUAGAUGGAAUGAUCCAGAUAUGAUAAUUGUUGGAAAUACUGAAAUAACAGUUGAUCAAUCAAAAGUACAAAUGACAAUUUGGAGCAUCUGGUCUUCACCAUUAAUCAUGUCAAAUGAUUUACGUAUCAUACCAGUAGAGUAUAAAGAAAUCCUUCAAAAUGAAGAUGUAAUAGCAGUUGACCAGGAUCCUCUUGGUAUAAUGGGACGAAUGAUAUUUAAUGUUAGUAAUAUUCAGGUAUUUGUUAAACCAAUGACACCAUAUGACAGUGAAAGAAAACUUUUUUCUUAUGCUGUAGCUAUAUUUAAUAGAGGUACACAUGAAUUAGAAACAGCAAUUGAAUUAGAUAAAAUUGGUCUUACAAACAAAGAAGGAUAUGUAUUUAAAGAUUUAUGGGAGCAUAAAAGAAAAGGAAUUUUAUAUCCAAAUGAUAAAUUGAAGGUCAUUGUACCACCAACAGGUGUUGUAUUUUAUAAAGCAUCCCUUCCAAACAUGAUACUUAAAAAAGAUUUUGAAGAUUUUUAA